UGGCUCUCCUUCUUGAAACGUGUCGUAAACAGUGAGCUCCUUGUUCCUGGAGAUUCAUCUUUGGACGUGAACCUUUUGAAUAAAACCAUAUUUCAAAAUGAAGCCUUAAGAGAAAUCUGCGGGACGUUUUUGCUUUUGUGUUUUAACGCGAGGAGACGAUGGAGAAUAUUCAAAACCUUCCCAUCGACGUUCAGACCAGCAAACUCCUGGACUGGUUGCUGGACCGACGUCACUGUAACCUGAAGUGGCAGAGUGCAGUGAAAGGAAUCCGAGAGAAGAUCAACGUCGCCAUCCAGGACAUGCCGGAGAACGAGGAGAUCAAGCAGCUCCUGUCCGGCUCCUACAUUCACUACUUUCACUGUCUGAGGAUAGUGGAGAUCCUGAAGGGAACAGAGGCGUCGUCCAAGAACAUCUUUGGCAGAUAUUCAUCUCAGAGGAUGAAGGACUGGCAGGAGAUUGUUUCCCUCUAUGAGGUAGAUAGUAUCUAUUUGGCGGAGGUGGCCAGCUUGCUGAGUCGCAACGUGAGCUACGAAGGCCCGGCUCUGAGGAAGCAGCUGGCCAAGGCCCAGCAGCUGCAGCAGGAGCUGAGCAGGAGGCAAGGGGAGUGCCAGAGCUCGGCCGCCGACCUGAGGGACCGAUACUAUGUCGCCUGCAAACAGUACGGCAUCACGGGGGAAAAUGUGGCUCGCGAGCUUCAGGCUCUGGUGAAAGACUUGCCGGCGGUUCUCGAGGAAGUCGGGAAGGACGCGGCAAGAUUAGAGGAGCAAAUCCGACUCUAUGCUGCUUUCACAAACUUUGUAUGUGAGUGGUCUGAUCCAGUCCUGCCGAUGUUGACGUUCGCCCAGAAGAGAGGAAACGCGACGUUUUACGAGUGGAGGUCGGGGAAAGUCCCCACAGUUGUCGAGAGGCCGGCGGCGGAGGACGCAGCUCCUGAUGCAGCUGCAGACGAUGCAAUCGACUGGGGCGACUUUGGCAGAGGAACAGACGUUAAUUCUGCUGUCACUGUUGAGGACGGUAUCGACUGGGGAAUCAGUCUGGAGCCAAACUCAGAGGACACUGGUGCAGGUGGUAUCGACUGGGGCGACGGUGAAGCAGCUCCCAUAGAAAUUGAAAUUGUAGAUGUGGGCGCAGACUGUCCGGAGGGCGUGGCCCGGGGGGAGGACGCUUUAACGCUGCUGGAGAACUCUCAGUCACGCAGCCAGUUCAUCGAUGAGCUCACGGAGCUGGAGGUUUUCCUAACCCAGCGCAUUAGUGAGAUGGGAGAGGAGGGAGAUGUGGUGUCGAUGAGCCAGUUCCAGCUGGCUCCCUCCAUCAUCCAAGGCAAGACCCGUGAGCACAUCCGUGAGAUGCUGUCCGAGGUGCAGGACCUGCUGGGCCGGCUCACCUCUCUGCGGAUGCAGCACCUGUUUAUGAUCCAGGCCUCGCCACGGUAUGUCGAACGUGUGUCGGAGGUGCUGAGACAGAAGCUGAAGCAGGCAGACAUUCUGGUGCUGAAAGGAGCCACCAUGGCGGAGAGGAGGCAGGAAGCCCUGGCGGAGCAGUCCCGACUGGAGCCUCGCGUCGACCUGCUGGCAGGGUGCACCCGAGAACUCCAGAGACUGAUUGAAGCAGACAUUUCAAAGCGAUACCACAACAGGCCUGUCAACCUGAUGGGCGUCAAUAUAUAGUGAGCUUGACAGAAAUGCACAAAAAAUAAUCAGAAAAAGAAAUAAAAGUGGUAUUUAAUUUUAA